UAAUUAAAAUAUCUUUAUAUAAUAUAUAAUUUAUUUUUUUUGAAAAGUAUAAUAGGUUAAUUAGUUGUUCCCCUGAUCCGUAAGUGCAACUCAAAUGGUAGCUCCUACGAUAUUUGAUAUGUUGGGGCGUGGGUUCGCACCUUCAAUUCUCCACUUCUCCACUUUUCAACACUUGGUGCGCGAGUUUCGCCGCUAGACUGUUUUGAACCAGAAAAAUCAAAUAAUUAGCUCUUCCCCAUCCCUCGUGAACCCUAUGUUCGCACAAUAGCCGUGAUCCCUUAAUAUAUAUAUCUUUUAUUAAUCAAACAUAAGCAAUCUAAAUACAUUGCUUCUCUAAAACCUCUUAAUUAAUAUCAACCAUGUAAUUUCUUUUUCAUUCCUCUAAUACCUCUCCAUGAGUUCUCGUAGCAAGUAUAUUGCUUUUAUGGUCCUGGCAUAAAACCUAGUUAAUUUUUAUUUUAUUUUAUUUGCUUUCUCACUGUAAUCUCUGCUUAGUCACUCUAUCCCAUAGUUUCGAAGUAUAACUAAUAAGUUUAAUUCCUCUGCAAUUCGUGCAGUUUUGGAUAUAAUAUUUGUUCUUAAAGAUAGAUUUUAAAAUACCCCCUCCAUCCAGUUGGCAUGUUCUUAAACCUUAUAUUCUCGUUAAAUAACUUUGUCGAUCUCAGCGAUCUUCCGGGGUAGCAAGAUUUAAGAUCAGUCCAAUCUUACAGUUUAACUUGCGAUCUUAACAACAGUGGGUGAAGAAGACACAUGCAUGAUUUUACAUUAUAUUUCUAACACUUCGCCUUUGCUUUUUCUGUAUUUUCAUUCCUAAUGAAUCAAAUUCAUGUUAACAGUUUAUGAGUUAGCCCGAAGUUUCUGGUGUUACUCAUAGUUAUGUGGCUUUAAGUCCAAGUGAAUGGAUAACAUUGCAUGAUGCUUCCCUAAAAACGUUCAUUUGAUUCUGUUCAUUAUAUUGUCUUGUGUUGUUAAUCGUGUAUCGCGGAAAUUAGUGAUUUGUUCAAAUUCUGCUAUACUACAGAUCUAUUAGUGGUAUAGAGGUGCUAUAGCUGCUAUUUAACUACAUAGAUAUUUUCUGAUCUUAUGCUAUAGCAGUUGUGAUAUGUGAUUACGUACAAUGUGAAAGUGACGGUUGCUUUUGUUUAACAAUAUGCGGUGACAAGGAUUAUAUAAUUUGUUUAUUCUUAGAUUACUCCAAACUUCAUCGAUAUUUUUGUAGUACCAUGAUACAGAUGUUGCAUUUGCACAAUGAUAGGUAGAAAUGGAAGGAAAUGAUUGAGAUAUAAGCUCUGCUUGUAAAAAGUUCAAUUUUUCUCCAGGGGAUAAAUGUAUUGGUGAUGUUUCAAGUUUUCUUAGACUUAAGAAAUUUUAUCCUGUCAUAUCUUAAAAGCCUAUUUUUGUUUCAUUCAGAAGUUUGAGAACGACAGAUAAUGCUAAAACAUCUUUUGUGUAUAGUUGAAACAUUGAAAAGUAUUGAAGUUUUUUUAGGAUUAUUUUAGAAUAAUUAGAAAUCCAUUUGACUCUAAAAAGGUACUUAAAUGACCUUUUCAAAAAGUUUUCUUGUAAUCAUGUUCUGACAGUUCAAUACUUUUGCUCAAAAACAAAAAAAAAAACAGAGGCUGAGUGGUAACUGAAGCCUGAAUUUAAUGCUGAGUCUGCCUUGAAUUUAUUGCUUUUAGUUGGCAUAGAUGGGAUUACAGUUUUUUACGAUAAAUUUUAAACAAUAAUCGGGUUAAGGUGCAAGAAGUUUACCAUAGGUUGUAUGACGGUUAACAAUCCAGGGAGUCAAAUACUGUCUACUCUGUUGGGUUUCAGUGCUAUAAUAAAGCAAGUCAUUCGUGUGUUCCCCCCUGUUUAUCACUGUUAAGACACCAGGUUGGCAUACGACUUGAACUUGCUGAUUGAUGGCCUGUUACUGCGACAAGCAUCUGAAAAUAACAGAUGGUAGAUCCCCAGACCAGGAAUCAAUUGGGUCUGGGACAAAGAGGUCCAGUGUGUCAUCUGGUGGUAGGUCUCGGAAUCGGAAGGAGUUCUUCUAUAAAUUUGUUGAUAGUGACGGUCUGAAUGAAAAACUUGUCCAUUGGUUUGAAUCUGUAACAGAAAAAUAUACAUUGAAACAGCAAGCAUUUGAUGUGCCAUUUGAGUUGAUUGAACUUCAAAAAUUUGAUUAUGCAUUAGAGGGGAUUUCAUUUCAGCAGCUCACACGCAUGCCUAAUGCUGUUCAUGCUUCUACAUCUGAAGCUGUAGAAGCAACAGCUUGUCUUGCUAUUGAAGAUUUUCUACAUGCUGGUAUUAAGGGCUUGUGGGAGGCCUUUUGGAGUCAAGAUGAGCCUAUGCCUUUUUCUGCGGCUUGUUUGUAUAAUGCUAACAUGAAGUUCUAUCAGGCUGAAAAUGCUAUCGCUAAUGGAAGGCUUGGAGGUCUUUGUGGCACUGGUAUAUUGCUUAAUAAUUCUAGACAUCCUCAUGGGAAAUGGGAUCAUCUCCUUGAAUUAACGCUUCUAAGAACUGAUAUCAGAGGUCUAGCUGUUGGCAGUGACUGCCAGCCUUCUUUACCAGUUCUAGGAGAAGCUCUAUUUUAUGCUAUUCGAAUGUUGUUGGCAAGGAGUUUGAGUAGACUGAGUUUCUUUCCGGAUCCUAGCACAGUAUUUGUUCUUCUAGUUGAUUCUCAGUACGGGGGAGUUGUAAAAGUUGAAGGAGAUGUAAGUAAGCUCAAUUUUGAUGUGAAUAAUGUUUAUGAAUGUGCUGCUGAGUGGGUACAAAAUCAUUCUAGAAUUUCUGUUUCUCCAAUUUAUAGAAUCUGGAACAAACUUGGGAAUGCAAACUGGGGAGAUAUUGGGGCUCUACAGGUUUUAUUUGCAACGUUUCACUGUAUUAUGCAAUAUGCCGGAAUGCCCAAGCACUCUGUUGAAGAUUUAGCUGCCGAUCAUAGUUCACGUCUUCAAACAAGAAGAAUCGAGAGGCAGUUAGGAGAUACCACCAGAGUGAAUGGAAAUGGCCCAUUUCAAUACCAGCAGCGUAGUGUUUCCCCCGAGAUUGUCGAAGUUCAGGAUGAUUAUGUCAAGGUCGAUUCCAAGGAGUCAAUGAAGUUAGAAGAAGGGUCUAUGUUAUGGCUGGAGGAUUCAGAUGGGCAAAAGGGUUAUCAAAUACAAGAAGUAAUCAAAACUGGUGAAUUGACAUACUACAUUGCAUCUUAUGUUGAAGACCCAGGAACAGAUCUGUUUCUAUAUGUGGGCUCUCAUCCCUCCCAGCAGGAACCAGCUUGGGAAGAUAUGAAUUUAUGGUAUCAGGUCCAGAGGCAGACCAAAGUAUUGACAAUAAUGAAGCAGAAAGGUCUAUCAAGCAAGUAUCUGCCUCAAUUAAUUGCCUUUGGAAGGAUCAUACACCCUGGUCAUUGUCGAAGGCCCAGCUCUGGUGGAAAUUGUGACCACCCUUGGUGCGGGACUCCUGUUCUUGUGAUCAGUCCAAUUGGUGAAACAGUCGCAGAAAUGGUAGAGGCAGGCCGAUUUGGUUCAGAUGACGCUAUCAAAUGUUGCCAUGAUUGCUUAUCAGCACUCUCAACUGCUACCUCGGCGGGACUACGGCAUGGAGACAUCAGGCCAGAGAACGUGAUCUGUGUUAGGUCUGGUGUGAGGCAACCUUAUUUUGUUCUAAUUGGGUGGGGCCAUGCUAUUCUUGAAGAUAGAGAUCGCCCUGCUAUGAAUCUUCAUUUCUCAUCUACUUACGCCCUUCAGGAAGGAAAGCUAUGCUCCGCCUCUGAUGCAGAAAGCCUAGUUUAUAUGCUUUAUUAUUCAUGCGGUGGUGUAUUACCUGAUCUAGAUUCAGUAGAGGGAGCACUACAAUGGAGAGAGACAUCUUGGUCAAGGAGAUCAAUUCAGCAGAAGCUGGGUGAUAUUUCCACUGUGCUGAAAGCUUUUGCUGAUUAUGUCGACAGUCUAUGUGGGACGCCAUAUCCCAUAAACUAUGACAUAUGGCUGAGAAGGUUGAGGCGAAAUAUUCACGAAGAUGAUCAUGGAAAGGAAAUUGACAGCACAUGCUAGGAUUUCCAACUGGGUCCAAUUCCUGAAAUGAAAACUCUAUAACCUUAAUGUGUUUCUCAUUGCAGUGAUUGGACUUUUGGGCGGUGAAUAAAAUAUGGAAGUCGACAGUUUACUAUCUGAUGCUCGUGCAUUUGUAUUCAUUGAAGGAUUGGUUGGUGUAUUUCAUCAAAGGAGCAUAUCAUAACUGCUCUUGGUGCAGGUAGGACUGCUUUAUCUUCUUUAAACCUUGAGACUCUCUAUUGGUGGCAUCUUUCGGCAUGUGAAUGAAGAAUAGUCAGUUCCUUCAUUUUGAGGAGCCAAGACAUGAGUUUUAACAGUUUCCUUUCCAUUUCAUUGUUCUUGAUGAGUUCCUUGUCAAAGUAAGUUGUAUUGAUUACAACAUUCGUUUGUAAAGAUAAUAGGCUUUCUAGAAUACCCUGAGAUUCAUGCAGUUGCAGGGUUGAAUACCAUAUAAAUGGUACACACUGCACAGGAUAUAUAAUAUUAUUCUGUAAAUGCCUUAUUUUAUCGUGUUCAUUGUAGUAUCUAUUUUAUUGUUAGAAAUUGACUUGCUUCGAGUUUGUUACCACUUCCCA